CAAAAGAUUUUGAUAAAAAAAAUAAUAUUUAAGUGUAUCAAAAUAUCCAUAGCUUUGUUUAACUGUUGAAUAGUAUAUUUUAAAUUGUUCAUUUAUAAUUACUUUAUACCAAAAUGUGGGUUAAACCUCAAGAAGUUUUUUUGAAAACUGCGAUGUGGGAUAGCGACGAAACGACGCUGUAUUUUGUACUACAGAGGAGGAAGGGUCAUGGGAAGUCUCGCGGACUUUCUUCGUUGCUAGUGGGGACUUUAGAUAGUGUACGCGACUCGAAACCAGCUCCAUACAGAAUUCUUCAUCAGACGCCUAAUUCUGAAAUAUAUUAUGUUAUAGCAACUGCACUAUCAGAAAAAGAAAUACGCCAGGACUGGCAGUGGCUUGCAGAUCAUGUGUCUGCAACAUUGCAUUCAUUUGACAAGGAGGAGGAUGUUACAGAGUUUGUUUGUUGUAAAAUAAAUUCAAUAAUUGCAACAGAACAAGAGAACUUUACAGAAGAUGAAGACACUCUUAUGUAUAAAAAUGUUGCAAAUGAAUUCCAUCAAAAAUUUGGUAUGCCCAAUGAUGAAAAGCUAGUAUGUUAUUACUCUUGCAGUUACUGGAAAGGAAAAAUGCCACGACAAGGUUGGAUAUAUCUAUCAGUGCAUUAUAUGUGUUUCUAUUCAUAUAUAUUUGGGCGAAAAACCACUAUUAAAAUUCGUUGGGCUGACGUCACUGAAUUAGUGAAAACCGACAGUUUGCUGUUUCCCGACUCAAUUAAAGUGGUCACAAGGGAUGGGGAGCAUUACUUCACUUUGUUUCUGAAAAAGAAUGAGACAUUUGCUUUGAUGCAACAGUUGGCAAACAUAGCUAUGAAGCAGUUGAUUGACGACAAGUCCGGAAGUUUUAAUAUUGACAAAGAUCUAUUAACUAAAUUAAGCAAAAAUGUACCAAAGAAAGCGUCAUUUCUGAAAAGAGAUUUGGAUGCAAAGAAACAAUCUAAUUUAUAUACAUUACGGUUUCGAUUACCGCAGACGGAAAAAUUGGAUGGUACAGAAAUGUGUACUUUGUGGACUCCAUAUAAUAAGAGGGAAAAUUGGGGAAGACUUUACCUAUCACAGAACUUUAUUUGUUUUGACAGCAGAAUAAGUAACCUGGUACGCCUAACAAUACCACUGCGUAAUGUUCACCAAGUUGAAAGAGCAGACUCAGGUGGAACGGGUAGUUCAGGGGAUUCGGGCAGCAUUCUUAUAACUACAGCCCACCACACCAGCUUUCUUUUUGGCAAUAUAUCUGAUAGAGAGUUCUUGGUGAACAAAAUAUCGGAACUGCUAGCGAAGCUCCCAAAUGAUAUGUACAGGGAAAAGCCAACUCGCGCUGUGGCGAGGUUCGAAGAAGGCCGUGAGUGGACAUCGCAGCCGCCCCUCAUGACGCUGUUCAAGACCAACCAAACCUCGUCCAUAAAACAGAUACAACAGAAAAAGGAAAAAAAUUGGGAAGAUCACAUGUCAGAAGUUGGCCGUGGAGUAAGUAUGUAUCAAACAACGGAUGGCAGUGAAUUGGUAGUCAAAGGCAUACCAGAGUCGCUGCGCGGGGAACUAUGGAGUGUGUUCUCUGGGUCUAUUCUGCAAAGGAUCCAGAAUAAGGGCUUGUACGAGAAAUUAGUGAAUGAAGCACUAGCGUCGAAGAAUCCGGUCAAUGAUGAGAUUGAAAGGGACCUGCAUAGAUCACUGCCGGAACAUCCAGCGUUCCAAAAUGAUGUUGGUAUAUCAGCGCUGCGUCGAGUAUUAUGCGCAUACGCACUCAAAAACCCAACUAUCGGGUACUGCCAGGCGAUGAACAUAGUGGCUUCAGUACUCCUCAUUUACUGUCCCGAAGAACAAGCAUUCUGGCUGCUAGCUACAAUAUGCGAGACAUUAUUGCCUGAUUAUUAUAACACUAGAGUUAUUGGUGCAUUGGUGGACCAAGGUGUACUGGAAGAACUGGCGAAGAAACACCUGCCGGAACUCCAUGCCAAGUUGGAUGAACUUGGAGUGAUGAAGAUGAUAUCUCUGUCGUGGUUCCUUACGUUAUUUAUCAGUGUUAUGUCGUACGAAUGUGCCGUUAACGUCAUGGACUGUUUCUUUUAUGAUGGUGCUAAGGUCAUAUUUCAGGUAACACUUACAAUUUUAGAAAUAAACAAAGAAAAUUUACUGAAAUGCACAGAAGAUGGUCAGGCAAUGCAGAUACUUAGUGAUUAUCUAGAAGGCAUAUAUAACGAUGAAGCUAUGGCUUUGUCUACGGAACCACGCACUGCCAAGCGGACUAUAAAAAUACAAGAUCUCGUGUACCAAUCUUAUCGAACCUUUGGAGGAAAAGUUACAAGUGAGUGCAUUGAGCACUUGGGCCUGACCCACAGACUGAGAGUGGUCAGACAGUUAGAAGACAGCCUCGAGAGAAAUACGUUGCGUGCGCUUCAGCAGGAUAAGCUUCUCGAGCUGAAUGAGCUACAGGAAUUAUUAAGUGCUAUCCGGGAAGAACUACUAUGGGCUCAGCGCGUCCCGUGCGAGCGGCUCGAAGCACCGUACGAGGCGUAUCGACUCGAUUACGCCCAGUUUAAGACAUUGUUCAUGGCACUUUCGCCUUGGGCCAAGGGAUAUAUGGGCGAGAUUAUCACAGCCAGGAUAUUUAAGGUGGUGCAAGGGGAGUCGUCGGGGCAGGCGAGCGCGCGCGGGCUGAGCGUGGCGGUGGGCGCGAGCGCGCGCGGCGAGCCGGCGCGGCGGCUGCGGCUGCUGUACUGCGCGCACGCGCCGCCGCUCCUCGCGCCGGCCGACCUCCCGCGGUACACCACCACCGGGGAGGAGCUCGCCGCAGACGCCAUACACUUCUUCGACAGUAUGGACAAUCUUUCCCCUACCGAUUCAGCUUCGUCGCCAUCAUUGCAACAUUCUGUGAGCGACGUUUGCUGUGACGGUGAUCAAAUGGACAAAUCUGGUGAAAGUAGUUCAAGUCAAUCCGCGGCUGCGAGUGCGGUGCGCGCGUUCGCUGUGGGCGGGGCGGCGGGGGCGGGGGCGGGGGCGGCGCCCGGCACCCCGGGCUGCGGGCCGGGCGCGGCGCCGCCGCUGCCCCGGGACCACUUCCUGCAGCUGCUGGCGGCGCUGCACGACCUCACGCAGCACGACCCGCAUCUCUACGACGCCGUCGUGCGAGCAGGAACUCUACUACUACAAUUAGGAGAAUUAAACUACAGGCCUGAACUGGACAGAGAAGUGUCUCAAGAUAGCCUCUACCUGGCCGCUGCCGAGAAACAGUCUAUUGUUGAUCCUAACGGUAACAUGACCGAACUUGACCAAGAUACAGCACAGUCAUCGCCGACAAAAGAAAAUGAACCCUCAACAGAUGGCGAAUGGUCUAUAACGUUCGAGCAAUUCCUAGCCACCAUGCUCGCACAGGACCCCAUAGAGAAUUUCUUCAGCGAGCAGGUACCCAUUCUACCUCAAUUGGAAGCUUUAAGGCAAAGGAACAGAUAGCAAUCUGUAUUAUAGCUGAAGGCGGAAAUCGCUCGAUUAAUGGGAACUUGCGUGUAGAUCCUAAAUAUAAAGAUAGGUUUGUAAAGUGUGUAUAUAGUUAAAUCGGGAUAAAUAUAUUGAUGAUUCAACUAAUUUAAUGUGUUACACAUGUAAAGUCUAUGGUUAAAGGCUUUUUAUAUCAGAUGCUAAAAUAGUUCUAAAUAGCAAACUCCCCAACAAUUGAUAACAUUUGUUAGUGCACCGCCAACAAUUUUACUCUGUACCGCUCAUGGUUGACUGGCAGAUAACGCCGCAAGGUGUUAAAAUCUGUCAUACGAAUAUUUUAUUUUUGUGCAUUGAAGUUAAAUAAAUAAAUAACUGGUGAUAUCAGAUUUAUAUUGAUGAAGCUUACAAUUGAAAAAUAUAAAUGUAUUUCAACUUUAUGUACUUACAGAAUAUUGAUUUUGGUCUGGACUUAGACGAUUGUGAUUUAGUUUUGAAUUUUAAUGGCCAUUUCGAGAUGCUGCCUGUAAUAUUUACGCCAGGUAUACAUUUCAUUAAUUAAUGUGUAUAAGUGCCUAUAACAUCUAUGUAAUGAAAAUUAAUAAAUACAUUCUAAUAAUAUUACGAGGUAUUGAACAUUUGUUUGUACCAAAAUAAUUUUGCAAAUUAUUAUAUGUACAUGCUUCUACAAAAUUAUCUGCAUUCCUUGCUACAGGCCAGUUUUAGUAAACUACAAUGAUUAAAGAUCUUCUAAGACUUCAUAUCUUGUUACUGAAAUAUGAUAAAAAUUUAUGUUACACAGUAGUUCUGAACUUAUUUUUAUGAAUCUGUUCUGACUAUAGCUUGCUACUUGAAUAAAAUUGAUCUUAUAUGUAAGUGUGAAACUUGUACAAUAGUAUUUUUAUGUGUUAUAAUUGUACAGGUUUUCAUUUCAGCCAAUAUGUGUAACCUAUUACACUAUUUAUAAUGUUAUACAUUUUAUUUUUUUAAUUUAAAUGUGUGAGAAAAUACUUACGUCAUUAUAUCUUUAUAUUAUCAUAUAUCAAUAUAUAACAUUUAUUAAAAAAUUGUGCGAUAGAGUACAUUCCAAAUUAUAUUUUUAUGGCCUAGUAUUUAAGUUUGUUUUUGUUACUUAUAAUCAAAAUAAAAUCUAACGUAACUUAAGGUAUUCAAAGCACGUAGCCAUACUAGUUUAAUUAUCUUCUAGCUAAUAAGAAAUUAUCUAUCAUUAAGAAAUUUAGAUGAUAAAGGCUGUAUUCAUUAGUAUAGUACAAAAUAAAAUUCCUGAUUUGUAUAAUCAAUUAUGGUAUGCUCUGAUAAAGUAUAAUAUAGUUUAAUAAAGAUAACUCUAUCAAAAAUGCAUGAUUUAAUCAAUACGUUUUAGAAAUUGUAUAGAUGGUCCAUUUUGCGUUUUUUGAAAUGUCUGAAAAUAAGUAAUUAUUAUACUUAUAAUGCAGGAAUAUAACAAUAUAAAAAUAUAUCUUCAUCCUGUUUAACAAAGGCAUAUAAAAAUCUAUAUACUAUACUUUUCCUACAUUGUAGUAUAAGUCAUAUGUAAUCCACCAUUUAAUCUUUUUAAUUUUAAGUCCUAAGUAUUUAAAAUACAUACCUACUAAUUUUAUAAAUACGAAACUGUGUAGUCACGCUGAUGGUCUCGCGCUGGUAAUCGAUUAGUAAAUAUUAGGUUUCCAAUCUAUAUCCUAGCCCCGGAUCCUUUGGCCCACAAAAGGAGGCCAAUGUCCCGGGCUACAAGUUCUGGAGGCGGCAAAUUCGAAAUUGGCAGAUGAAUACACAUCUCAAUUGUUUGUGUUCAAUAUAUUUGAAAAUACUGUAACGGUUAAAAACGCCACAAUUAUUAAUAAAAAGAAGUUGGCCGGAGGGAAGGGGGGUGGGAGUCCUUGGGGCUUCGUUUUUAAGUUUUUGCACCGCCUCCAAAAAGUGAAGCUGGACCCAGGGGCUGCUAUAUCCUUUACGUAUUAAUAAAUUUGUGAAAUGAAUCACAUUACCUAUAUUUCUUUUUUUAGAACCUACUAAUAAAAUAUAUCAUUACAACCAUCUAUCUGGCCUUUAUAUAAAUUUGUGUAGUUUUGACAAAUAGGUAAGAAUAUAGCGCUUUUGAUGUACGUAUUAUUGGUGCUUUCGAAUAUAAUAGUAUGCUUAAUAUAUUUAAUUUGAGGAUAGAAUAUGAAAGCAAUACAGUUGAUAUCCAUAUCCAACAUUAGUAACGAAUAAUAAACUAUGUAAAUGUACAAAUAUUGUCGGAUAAUAUUCUCGGUUUUUGAUGGAAGUAUUUUAUUAGACAAACCUACUCGGCGCUCAAAAAUCUAAGUAUGUUUAUAAAAAAUGGUACACAAAUUUAGAUAAUCAUGACCUUUUAAUCUAAAAUUGUUAUAUACUUAUAGUUACUGUGUCGCUACGUUAUAGGUAUUCAAAAUAUCUAAAUAAUACAAUAUAUAAUUUUUGUCUGUCUGUAUGUUUGUAAAAGAACUUCGACUUAAUACAAUAUUGACAACUUCCUAGAUGUGGGUAUAUCUUAAAAUACACACUCCAUUUUACUACAGGAAAAUAUUUUAUUACGUGCGAAGCAAAUGUGUUUUACUAUAUCAGCGUAUUAGAACAUAAUGUACAUACAAACAAUAUGAUAUAUUAACAAUUAUUCAACAUAUGCUUAAUGUCUGUUUGCUCUAAAUAUUUUGUUUUCAUUACUAGAUAACACUACCAAUAAACCGGUUUAAAACAUUUGUAGUAGAGUCAUAAAAGCGUGCUGCUUGUAAACGUAAAAUCUACUUGGAUUUGUGUGGAAUUUGUUAAACCUACAAUGAAAAUCACAGGCAGUUUUUGUAUAUUCAUUUACCAUAUUUUAAAUAUGAGUAUAUUUUUAUACAUUUGUUUUAUAUUAAACGUCUACAAAGCAUAUCUCUCUUUAUUUUCAUUUAUUAUAACUGAAUUGCCGUCUCCAGGGUUUUAUUUAAACCAUCUGAAGUAUCAGAAAUCUUGAGCGUCCUCAGUGCUGAA